AUGAAUGAGGUGAAGGAGGCUCUAAGAAACAUAGAGCAGAACUACAAGCUCUUCCUGCAGCAGCAGUUUACAUUUAUCGGAGCUCUGCAGCACACCCGAGAGAACGCGCAUGACACGAUCAGACCCGUGGCAAGCAUCGGCCAGGUACAGUCCUAUCUAGACCGUCACUGUAACAAUUCCACAGACAAACGCAUCCUCAACCUGUUCCUAAACAUCUGCAAUGACCUAAGCAAGCUCUGCUACAAGCUGGAAACUCUGCAUUCUGGUAACGACACAACCAAUGGCAUUUUGGAGAGGUGCAAGCUGCUCCUGAACCACAGCAACGAUCUGAGCACCAUCCGAGCCAAAUACCCCCAUGAUGUUGUGAAUCACCUGAGCUGUGAUGAAGCAAAGAACCGUUACGGAGGUGUGGUGAGCCUCAUCCCCAUUGUUCUCGACUGCAUAAAGGAGUGGGUAACCCACACCGAGAAGCUGCCACGGCAUGUGCUGUGUAACAUGAGUGGUGGAAGUGCGAUCUCUGAGAAGAGGGCACCCCAGGGUGCACCAGCUAGGGCAGUCAUUUCCGAGACACCACCUUCUGUGCGCCUUGAAGCUCAGACCUCAACUAGUAACAAAAAUAAUACGCAAGUGCAGAGGAGUAAGCAUGUCCAGAAGAACGGAAAUGACACAGAAAAUCACAAUGGGAAACUUAAAGGUCCCUGGAAACCACCAGGUAGACAUCCCUUUUAA